ACAGAAAAAAAACAAGCGGACAACCGAAAGAUACAUAUGUUGGACAAGGCAGCGACAGGGGGGAUGGUAAGACCCUUAGGAUCACCAUCUAGACCCUGUCCUUUUUAUUUUUAAUCUGCCGGUACCCAAAUAUUCCAGAGAAGCUCCCCCCCAAAUGAAAAAGCUUAUUAUUUAUUAUAUUAUUAUGAGGCGGAAAGUAGUGUCACCUACGAUCCUUAUUGUUUAUUUCUCUCCCUUUCUUUCUUUUGCUCCUUCUUUGCCAGCACCUGAAAGAAGCAUUUACUUAAUUCUCCUGGCUACCAAACAUGAUAUGACGCAUAGCUGAUCGUUUAUCCCUACCUAAUUAUCCAUAGACCCUUCCUACCUGUACUACCUCUGCCAGCUCUGCUUCGUUUUCCGCAGCCGUAGAGCCCCAAUUAUGCCGUGGGCGACAAAUCCUCUCUUCAAACCGUCGACGGCGGAGGCUACGGCUGAUGUUGAAGCGGCCGCCGCUAAUAACUCUGGGUCCAAUCUUGAUCCGAGCCUUGAACCAAGUUCUAGCGCUGGACAAGAGAUUCCGAGCAGCGUUGAUGACGGCUUCAAAGAGCCAACGGAAAAGUUCACCGCUCAUCAGAUCUUCUACAUUUUCAUCCUUGAUGGAAUAGGUGCUAUGAUCCUAUCCGGCGGCAUCAACUUCGCUAUUGCAUAUGCUAUGUAUGCGACCCAAGAUAUCGCAACAAGACCCAUCAGACUAUGGCUGUUCCCGAACACCCUUGCCGGAGAUGCGGCUGUCACUGUCAUUAUCCAGUGCCUCAUCACAUGGCACAUAGAACUCUUCCUCGUAAAUCGGGAUCUAAGGAAAGGCGGAGUGCAUCCUAUCGGUUUUAUCCCGGAGCCCAAGAAUAAGCUCAUGCGCUGGUUCAUGUUUCUCGACCGCCCUAAGCAGACGCACGAAGUUAGGAGCAUCGUGCAUUGGUUAGGCUUCCUCCGCUCUCAGAUACUGCGAUCUAUGAUAAUAGCCGUAGUCUGUUUCCCUUUUAUCUGGGGACCUAGCAUCGGCUUCCUCGUCUUGGCGGGGAGAUGGGAAGGGAACGAUUGGUACUACGACAGAGUGUGGGCACCGCAAGUUUUCAAGCUCAUUCAGGGAGGCGUGCUGGGACUGCUGACCACACCGCCCAUGGUGAUUUUUUGGCUUACGAGAUGCGGAUGGGCAUUGAAGAAUAACGAGGAACGCUAUGGCGAGCGAUAGCCAUUCGAGACCGCAUCAGUAACAGUUUAGAAAUAUAGACAUACUAAUAACUCUUUAUGAGGAUCAUGAUUCAAGAAUAUUACUCGGUGCUCG